GGAGCUUUCCGUCCGUCCGGCUCUGCGGACUCAAGGAGAGAAAGGAACAAUAUCUUUCCACACAGAAACUACUCUUUGGACCGAAAAGGAAAAUCAUAAAUAUUUUUACACAGGUCCACAUCUGCCUCCCCAUGCAGAACCCCAUGAAAUGAAUAAAGCACCACAGCCUAUAACAGGACCCCCCUCUGCCCCCCAUCCUGCCCCGUCCCCUGGUCUUUCACAGCCCUCAUUUCCCCCUGGGCAGCCUUCUUCCGUUGUGUUCGCAACCUCAGCACCUCCACAGAUGAACCCCACACCACAGCCUCGACAGUUUGCCCCCGGGCCCCGACCUUUACACCAACAGGGAAGCUUCAGGUCGCUACAGCCCUACUACACCAACAGAGGCAGUCUGCCUCCCAGCAGCGGGCCUCGGGGCGUCCCAGCUAGCACCACACCCCGGGCUGUGACACCCACCCAUGUCUACCAGGCGGGCCCUGGCUCCCAGAUGAUGAUGAUCCCCCAACAGCAGUUGCAGUUCCCCAGCUCACCACAAGCCCCAGCUUAUUUCAUAGGACAGUACCGUUCUCAAACGUAUGUGGCCACGCCACAGCAAUACUCAGUCCCAACUGGAACCCCAGGUUUCUACCCAGGCACCAGCCCUGCUGAAUAUGGUACUUAUGGGACUUACUACCCUGCACAGCCCACGUUCCCUCCCUCUGUGCAGGCAGCGCCUGUCAUUAUGAACCCGGCCCCCCAACAACAACAAGCACCUUCUCAGCCUUCUCAACACAUCCCCACCAAACGGGAACGCAAACAGAUAAGAAUAAGAGAUCCUAACCGAGGAGGCCAGGACAUCACAGAGGAGAUUAUGUCUGGGGGCCGCAGUGGCUCUACCCCAACGCCCCCACAGACGGCCAUAUCUGGAUCGGAUAAUACAGUGUUGCCUCAGGCCAACGGUGACAGUAUCUCUGCUGCUGCUACAACGGCGCUGGUUAGACCAGAUGACGGAGGAAAACUUACGCCACCUUCUUUGCCACAGAGCCCUGAGCUUCCCAAGGUUGAUCCCAUCCUCAGUGAGACCCCGUCCUCUGGUGUCAAGGUUUCUGCACCCCCUCCACUCUCCGAAUCCACACACCCUCCUCCCAGCAAGCCUUCAGCCUCUACUCCUGCUGCUGAUGUGAUAGAGGCUCCCUCACCACAAAGAGGACCCACACCCAGCCCCCCAUCAGCACCUGAGGUCCCUGCCUACCCUGCACCCCUUCCUGACCCUUCCCCCACCUGUUCUGCACAGAGCAAAUCAGAAAACACACACCAUGUUGUAGAACAGGAGGACUCCGGUGAGGAAGAGACUAAAGUGGAAGAGAUACAAGCCUCUUUAGACUCAUCGAGUGCUGAGGCCCCCAGCUCUAACGGUGUGGCAGAUAUGGAGCAUGAGAAGUCAUCGGUUACUGUACCCCCCACCCACUCGGAGGACACCUUAGAAUCUCCCAUUGCUCAGCCUGAGGAGCUCAGCCUCCGUUUACCUAAUGGCCUCUCGCUACCAGCUGCUCAGAUCCCCCACGGACCUGCAGUCGACAUGUCUGAGCGCGACGACAGUCCUAUUGCUGAGCCUGAUGUAAGUGAGCAGCCUGUCACGCAGAGCUGUGCCGCUGAGGCAGCUGAGAAACAAACAAUUACAGCCACGCCUGCUGCUGUCGACCAGUUAGCAUCUGCUCCCGCUGUCGAGGAAGUUCCAACCAAACCGGUUGUCCUGACCCAACCUUCUGAUUCAGAGGUACAGGAUGUAGUUACCGAAGUUGUCUCUGAGGUCAAGGAAGAUGCUCCGCAGCUCCAGAUGGACACCAAGGAAGAAACGCAGUUGCCUACAGAGACGGUUCCCUCAGCUGACAACCUAUCUGAGAUGAUCUCUACUCCUCCUCCUCCCACAGCAGAGGAGAAGGAGGAGGCUCCCAGUCCACCAACUGUCACCCCAUCUCAUGUGGAAACUACUAUGCAAGCUGCUGUGUCUGUGCCAAAGAAGAAGAGAAAGAUGAAGGAUCUGAACAAGAAGGAGGCAGUUGGAGACCUUUUAGAUGCCUUUAAGGAGGAGCAGGUAAUUGCCCAGCCUGAGCCUGAGCCGAUGCCUGCCCCACCACCAGAGCCAAAGCCCCCAGCUGCAGCCCCUCCUGCACAAGAGGAGGCAGACCUGACCUGGGAGGAUAAAGAGGACAAGCUGGAUGCAGAGAACAUCGAGCCGGCUGCCACAGACAUGAAGUACCAGUACAAAGAGGAUCAAUGGAAACCAAUUAACAAAGAAGAGAAGAAGAAAUACGACAGAGAGUUUCUUCUUGGGUUCCAGUUCAUCUCUGCCAGUAUGAACAAGCCUGAGGGUUUACCAGCCAUCAGCGAUGUUGUCUUAGACAAGGCAAACAAGACUCCUCUUCGCCAGCUUGACCCAAGUCGUCUUCCUGGAAUGAACUGUGGUCCUGAUUUCACACCCUCCUUCGCCAACCUUGGCAGGCCUGGAAUGGGAGGAGGAAGCAGAGGACCUCCCCCUGGUAUGGGCAUUGGAGUGGGCGGGCCCCGACGUUCUCAGCAGGUCCAGAGGAAAGAGCCGAGGAAGAUCAUCACCAGCAUGUCGCUCAACGAUGAUAUUCAGCUCAACAAGGCGGAAAAGGCCUGGAAACCUUCAGUAAAGAAACCCACCCGGAGCCGGGAGCCAGAGGAGCCACAGGAGAACGAUCCCGAGCAGAUGAAAACGCAAGACCUGUUCAAGCGCGUCCGAAGUAUCCUCAACAAACUCACCCCACAAAAAUUCCAGCAGCUAAUGAAGCAGGUGCAGGAACUGACUGUCGACACUGAGGAGAGGUUAAAAGGAGUGAUUGACCUUACCUUUGAGAAGGCCAUCUCCGAGCCAGACUUUUCAGUGGCCUAUGCAAACAUGUGCCGCUGUCUUUCAGGGCUGAAAGUCAUAACCCCAGAUAAGCCUGGUGCCACUGUGAAUUUCCGCAAGCUGCUGCUAAACCGGUGCCAGAAGGAGUUUGAGAAGGACAAAGAUGAUGAUGAGAUCUUUGAGAAGAAGCAAAAGGAGCUGGAAGCUGCCUCAGGGGACGAGGUGAAGCAGCGGCUAAUCGAGGAGCUGGAAGAGGCUAAAGACAAGGCCAGGCGGCGCUCGCUUGGGAACAUAAAGUUCAUCGGUGAACUUUUCAAGCUCAAAAUGCUCACAGAGGUAAUCAUGCACGACUGCAUUGUAAAGCUACUCAAAAACCACGAUGAGGAGUCACUGGAGUGCCUGUGCAGACUGUUGUCCACCAUUGGCAAGGAUCUGGACUUUGAGAAAGCCAAGCCUCGGAUGGACCAGUACUUCAAUCAGAUGGAGAAAAUAAUAAAGGAGAGGAAGACCACCUCUAGGAUCCGCUUCAUGUUACAAGAUGUGCUGGACCUCCGACGGAACAAAUGGAUACCCCGGAGAGGAGACCAAGGCCCUAAGACCAUCGACGAGAUCCACAAAGACGCUGAGAUGGAGGAACACCGGGAGCACAUGAAGGUGCAGCAGGCUCUCAUCUCCAAGAAGGAGUCUGGUGGAGGAGGCCCAGGAGGCAGAAUGGGAGAAAGAGGUUCCGGAGGCCGAGGUGGUCCUCACACCGCAGGCCGGGGAGCUCCGCCUCAGGAUGAGGGCUGGAACACAGUCCCCAUCUCAAAGAACCGACCGAUCGACACCUCUCGCCUUAGUAAAAUCACUAAGACUCCUGUUCUUGACUUCAACAAUCAGCUACUGGCCCCUGGUGGUAAGGGCACCUGGGGCAGCUGGGGGAAGGGCAGCAGUGGUGGCACCAGUGCCAAACCUUCAGAUUCUGGUUCAGAGUCUGGAAACCGUCCAGCCACCAGCACUCUGAAUAGGUUUUCUGCAUUGCAGCAGCCUUCAUCCGCAUCACAAGAGUUGGACAGAAGAGUUCCUCAGAGGAACAGCUCGAGUCGAGAGCGCAGCGACCGCUCUGAUAGAGGUGGUGAUCGCUUCGACAGAAGGGAUGAGCGAAGAGAUGAUAGAAACCGCAUACAGGUCACCAAACGGAGCUUCAGCCGGGAAAAAGAGGAACGAAGCCGGGAUAGAGAGCAACGCAGCUCAACUGAUCCGGUCCGCCGAGUGGCGAGCGUGACCGAAGAGCGAGACCAAAGCAGUAGCGAGAGAGCCAGGAGCAAAGAGCAAGUGAAGCGGCAGGCAGCUGCCACUCCGCCACCUCAGCAGACCCCUGCUAAGCCCGCUCUGACCGAGGCCGAGAUAGAAAAGAAGUCAGCAGCCAUCAUAGAGGAGUACCUCCACAUCAACGACAUGAAGGAAGCCCUGCAGUGUGUGCGGGAGAUGAACAGCGCUGAGCUGCUGUUUGUGUUCGUACGGCACGGACUGGAGUCCACCCUGGAGCGCAGCACCAUCGCCAGGGAGCACAUGGGCCAGCUGCUGCACCAGCUAAUUAAGACCGGCAUCCUCCCAACACAACAGUACUAUAAAGGGUUUCAGGAGAUUCUGGAGGUUGCUGAAGACAUGGCAAUAGACAUCCCCCACAUCUUUCUCUACCUGGCAGAACUGAUCACUCCCAUGCUGCAUGAGGGAGGCAUUCCCAUGGGCGAACUGUUCAGGGAGAUCUCUAAGCCUUUGAUCCCAAUGGCCAAAGCUGGAGUCCUGCUGGUCUACAUCCUCACUUUACUUUGCAAAGAAAUGAGCCAUAAAAAGGCAGGCACCAUGUGGAGAGAAGCUGGCCUACGGUGGACAGACUUCCUGCCUGAAGAUGUGGACGUCAACAAGUUUGUGACAGAGAAGAACGUUGAGUUCACUCUGGGCGAAGAAUCAGAGAAGAGCAGGAAGGAGAUGAGCUCAGCAGAGCUGACCAAGCAGCUGGACAGACUGCUUCACGACAAGGCGGACAAUGAGAGGAUCUUUGACUGGAUUGAGGUCAAUCUAGAUGAGCAACAAAUGUCGUCUAGCAUGUUUGUCCGGACACUGAUGACAUGCGUCUGUCAGUCAGCCAUUAUCUGUGAGAACCCAUACAAAGUGGACGGUGAAGUCAUCAAGCAGAGGGCCAAGCUGCUGCAGAGGUACCUGAAGGACGAGCAGAGGGAGCUGCAGGCUCUCUACGGCCUGCAGGCUCUGAUGGUGCAGAUGGAGCAGCCUGCCAAUUUGCUUCGGAUGUUCUUCGACACCCUUUACGACGAGGACGUGAUCAAAGAAGAAGCCUUCUACAAGUGGGAGUCGAGCAAAGACACCGCUGAGCAGCAGGGCAAGGGAGUGGCCCUCAAGUCCGUCACUGCCUUCUUCACGUGGCUCCGGGAAGCGGAGGACGAAUCCGAUAACAGCUAAGAAUGCUCCAGGGAACCUGAAGGCUCCUUGGAAGGGUGGGGAAUGUUUCGUGGACGAUUCAGAAGCGCCUGAUGGGGCAAAACCUUCUGCAUAAACUGAAAAAAAGAGAAAAAAAUUCUUCAAAUGGGAGAGAUUGUAUUAUGGAUCGAACAUUCGGUCAUUUUAUUUUCUUCUUUUUUUUCUUUUUUCUUUUUUCUUUUUGGGGUUUCUUGUAAUUACCCCAGCCACAGAAUGUCUUUUUUUCUGAUAAGAAAACUACAGGAUUAAAUAGAGAGGAUAUAUAAGAGAUGCUUGUUACAAGCUGUUGAAGAUGCUGCAGUGAUGUUUGAGCUUGUUUGCGAAUGGCUUUUUCCUCAACACAGCAACACUAUUCAAAUCGUAUUUGCCUAAUAAGCGUUUAAAGAGAAAAGCAAAAUGUUGAUCCCAUUUAUAUUUUUGAUGAAUUCAUCUUUUAUCAUGUAGGCCGGCCGCAGCCACUGAGUGCGUCCGAUCUGCAUGGUGGGCUUACGUAGUUGAGUAGCUUUUUGUUAUUUCCAGUGUUGGCUGAGUGAAUCGAGUGUUUCUUUUUUUUUAUAAUAAAAUAACAAAACUACAAAGAGAAGCGGCGAGGAACGUCUGGCACAUUUCAGACACAAGCGACGGUUCUGAACAUUAGGCUUUUCACGGGACAGUAUCAUUGAGGAAAGAUUUGAUGGACUCUAUUGCGCCUCUGGUGGCGGGAGGAUGACAAUGCUUCUUGCAACAACCCGCUGAACCUGCAUCCCAACCUGCUGAUGCAGCCGCCUGGCUCCUUUCCUUCGCUUCAGAAACAAAACUAUGGACUGAGAAAGAGCUGGUUUGCAGCUGCAAUCCCCUCCAGAGCUUGUCAUCGGAUUUUAAAAAGAGAAAUAUCAGAUAAAACUUGAAUAAAGCUUACAGAGAACACAAAAUCACUUUGAGAUAGGACUUUUAAGAAAAAAAAAAGUUUACCUGCAAAUUCUAAGGCCUUUUGUUGCUUCCAUGAAUGGAAUUUCAGAAGAGCUCUGUAAAUACAAGAUGGCUAGUUUUUCCUGUUUUUUCAAAGAAAAGAUGCUAAUGUAACCCCUCUCCUCUGAAAUGAAGCUUCAGUUUUUCCAUGUAUUUAUAUUUUUCUCUCCUCAGCCGGCAGAAGGUGCUUGUAAUUAUCCAACCCAUUGAUUACAGUUUAAUUGAAAAUGUGUAAAUACUUUUUUGCUUUACUUUAUUAAAAGGAUAUUUAAUUAAAGAAAAAUGAAAAUGGA